GGCAUCGGGAAAACAGUCUUAACACAGAAGUUCACUCUGGACUGGGCUGAAGGCAAAGCCAACCAGAACAUCCACUUCACAUUUCCAUUCACUUUCAGAGAGCUGAAUGUGCUGAAAGAGGAGAAGUUCAGCUUGGUGGAACUUGUUCAUCACUUCUUCCCUGAAACCAAAGAAGCAGGAAUCUGCAGCUUUGAAGACUUCCAGGUCAUCUUCAUCUUUGAUGGUCUGGAUGAGUGUCGACUUCCUCUGGACUUCCACAAGACUCGGAUCCUAAAUGACCCUAGAAAGUCCACCUCAGUGGGUGAUCUGCUGACAAACCUCAUCAGGGGGAACCUGCUUCCCUCUGCUCGCCUCUGGAUAACCACACGACCUGCAGCAGCCAAUCAGAUCCCUCCUGGAUAUGUUGACAUGGUGACAGAGGUCAGAGGGUUCAAUGAUCCACAGAAGGAGGAGUACUUCAGAGCAGCCUCAGUGUACUCAGGAGUGUUCACACAGAUCUUUAGAGAGGAGAGAGGCCUGUACCAGGACAAGGUCUUCUGCUUCAUCCAUCUGAGUGUUCAGGAGUUUCUGGCUGCUCUUCAUGUCCACCUGACCUUCAUCACCUCUGGACUCAACCUCGUGGAAGAAGAACAAUCACAGAUCUCUCAAUCUGAACUGAGCAGUCCAGUCCAGUUCUACCAGAGUGCUGUAAACAAGGCCUUGCAGAGUCCAAACGGACACCUGGACUUGUUCCUCCGCUUCCUCCUGGGUCUUUCACUGCAGACCAAUCAGAGUCUCCUACGAGGUCUGAUGACUCAGACAGGAAGUAGCUCACAGACCAAUCAGGAAACAGUCCAGUUCAUCAAGAAGAAGAUCAGUGAGGAUCUGUCUGCAGAGAAAAGCAUCAACCUGUUCCACUGUCUGAAUGAACUGAAUGAUGGUUCUCUAGUGGAGGAGAUCCAACAGGUCCUGAGGUCAGGACGUCUCUCCACAGAUAAACUGUCUCCUGCUCAGUGGUCUGCUCUGGUCUUUUUCUUACUGUCAUCAGAAGAAGAUCUGGAAGAGUUUAACCUGCAGAAAUACUCUGGUUCAGAGGAGGCUCUUCUGAGGCUGCUGCCAGUGAUCAAAGCCUCCAACAAAGCUCUACUGAGAGGCUGUAAGCUGUCAGAGAGAAGCUGUGCAGCUCUGUCCUCAGUUCUCAGCUCUCAGUCCUCCAGACUCAGAGUUCUGGACCUGAGUUACAACAACCUGCAGGAUUCAGGAGUGAAGCUGCUCUCAGCAGGACUGGAGAGUCCACACUGUAAACUGGAGACUCUCAGGUUGAUGAACUGCAGUUUAUCAAAGAUCAGCUGUAAAGGUUUGUCUUCAGCUCUACAGAAGAACCCGUCCAAUCUGACAGAACUGGACCUGAGCUGGAACGAGAACCUGCAGGAUUCAGGAGUUCUUGAUCUGUGUGGUUUUCUGGAGAGUCCAGACUGCAGACUACAGACUCUGAGGUUGGAGCGCUGCAGGUUGUCAAAGACCAGCUGUGCUGCAUUGAUCUCAGCUCUGAAGUCCAACCCGUCCCACCUGAUAGAACUGGACCUGAGAGACAACAACCUUCAGUCUUCAGAUGUUAAGCAGCUCCUGGAUCUGAUCGACAUACAUGUGAUUAACGUCAUAACUGACGAGGACUUAACCAAGUACAUAGGGAGAUAUGGGGACCGUCUGGCCAUUAAAGCGUUCUGUCAGCAAAAAAGCUCCACGCUGCAAAGGCCUGAAGCAAAGUCAUCCCUCAUGGAGCGAGUUUCGGGGGUGCUGGAGCCUAACCCAGCUACUGAUGGACGGAGGCAGGAUACACCUUAG